CGUGUAGCACAAGCAUAGACUCAAGACUGUCUGUGGUUUGCUUGCACAUUGACAUUACUCCAACGUCCAACUCCAGUGACUCUCGCAGUCUAAUUGGAAAUGUUCAGUUUACUUUUGGCUUUCAAUCGGUAUAGUAGAGCCGCGUCGUGGAUAGCUGUAUUUUUCCCAAUUUGGGUUGUGGUUAUUUUGUUUUCUUAAAAAAAUUUAUUCAAGUGUGUGCUCUGUUUUGAUUUUUGAAAAAUACGAGUAUAUAAAAAUAUUAACCUCGUUGCGGUGUGUCCGGUGUUAUUCCUACUUGAGUGGGGGUUGACACUUCACCAAGUAAAUAAAUACGUCAACACUCUCAAACCCGCAUUUUUGCUUAGAUAAAAUAUUUCGGGGGUGAUUUUCCGUCUAAAUUUUUGAAUAAUAUUAGCCCAAAAUAGAUAUUUUUUCUCAAUCUCAAUCUUAAAAAAAGAUAUCAACCUGUUUCGUGAAAAUAAAGGAAGAGAAUAUAAAAAUAAAAUUAUAAAUUAAAAAAAGAAAAGUGAAACCAUUUUUUUAUGACUUCACUGUGAAUGUGUCCCCACGAAUAAAAAUAGUGUGUCACAAUUACGAUUCCCUGUAUUUUGAUAAAAAAUAAUUAUUCAAAUAAUUUGUGUUAAACUUACUAAUUUUAUUGUCUUCUUUUUGUUUUCUGUUCGUGUUAGAAAAUUUAAUGCGAAACAUUUUCAACUUGUUUUGCACAAAUUACAAAUUAACGGAAUUUAUGUCAACUUGAAGUUUUUUAAACUCCAGCACUCGCACUCGUCUUAUAGUGACUGGGCGACUUAUUGAAAAAAAAUAAAAGUCGUGUGGAUCCUAAACAUCAAAGAAAGAUUAGAACUGAAUCUUUGGAAAGCCAACGCGAUGUGAAAAAUGAUACGCGGUGAAGAUGAUGGCACAAGCAACGUAAAAACAUCGAGCGGACGUUAACCGGUUGAUCUGAGCAAAUUUUUAUAUUAAUAUACAUAAUAAUUUUGUUUUUCUUGUGUAAAUUAAUAAAUUUAUAAAUUCCCCUCUCGCACGAUCAAUAUUAAUUAAAAUUCUUGUGAAGUGAUUUAAAUUGUAUUUUAGCUGAAAAAAAAAAUAAAAUUCGUUGUUCGUUAUCGAUGGAAAAAAUACCAAUAAAUUCCCAAAAAAUGGAUGCGAUCAAAUGAUAUGAAUUAAAUGGUAAAAAAGAAAAAGAAAAGCUCAGUCCCGCCGCAGUGAGAAAAGUGAGCCGGAUAGUGUUUAAAGUGUUUGGUUUCAAAAAAAUUCAAAAGAAUUCCUGCGAAAUUACCGCUAUCGAGCAAACAGGAUUAUUUCAGCUCAACAAAAUGGGAACCAAAUCACCGGGAGCUCCGCAACGAUGCCGGCUCAUAUUACAACAAUGUCUGGCAAUUCAGCUGAGUAAGCCGGGUCACACACCAGAGGACUUUUGGAUGUACGAUUCUGGAUAUAUGAUUUUCCAGAACUUUCUAGCAGCGAACGCCCAAUGCUGGUGGAAUGCCCCCUUAACAGCUGCCACACGUGCUCUCAAAUACGCUGGCCAUGUUGCACCCGGUAUGCUUCUGGUCACAGCUGAACCUUGUGCUCUGGAGGUACUCCGUGGUGCAUAUGCACGUAGCGUGCUCAAACCCCCGGCGACUUAUGUCAUCUGUUCGGUCGGUGACAUCGAUGACUGCAUCGUUACACCGACAGUUCAAGGACAAUUUACACCAUUGCCUGAGGCAUUAUGUGAUGUGAUAAUGGACCUCACCGCGGAGGGACAUUCAGCCACAAUUGAAAAUAUUCGAACGAAACUUGGCCUGCGAUUUCCUCACAUGACCUCGCCAGCAACUGAGGUUAUUUAUGAUACAUUGGCACAACUAAUGCAGGAGCAAAAGAUCUAUCAAACAUCGAAAGGAUAUUUCAUAUUCACACCUGAACGAAGAAGAAGUCGAUCGAGGCCGCGAAAUCACCGAACUUAUCAAGAAUUUGAUGAAGAUGAAGAGCCUCAUGAGCCUCGAACUAUGCUCAUGACAAACUCUGAGGCACUUCAUUCGUUUUAUGGUGAAAUAUCGACUGAACGAGAUGGAGAUUUGACGCAUCAAUGUAUACAAACGAAUUUAGCCGAUGUUAUAUGUGGAGGUAAUCCCAAUGACAAAAUCCUAUACCCACGGGCAGCGAAGCGGCGAAGUGCAUCAUUUCCAACGCCACGCAGCUUAGAAAGAAGACAUAGCUUACGACUAUUUGGCUCUUCAAAGAGAUUACAACGUUGCGCGUCGACAAGAAGCCUAUCGAAAACAUACGCACAAACUUUAGCCACAGACAGCAGCAGCUCGGAAUAUCAAAGCACAGAUUCGUCAUCACCAAAAAAAGGAUCUCUUCUAUCUCGAUUGUUUCGUCGCAGCGGUAGAACAAAACAGCGACAAAUCGAAACAUAUUCAGCGCAGUUUCCACCAGCUGAGUGGUUCAAUUCAAGAGCUGUUCACUUGCACAGCAUUGGCACUCAAACUGCUGAUCAUGUAAGUAACAUGAUAUUCACCUCUAUUUUUAAGCACUAUACCGUUUUGAAAAUUUCCACUUCACAGGAUAUUCCAGUUUCACACACUCUCUCCAAUUCAACCUUUUACGAUGGCUCAGAGCUGAGCCAACGAUCAUCAACCUUACCCAGACGUCAUCGAAGACAUAUGUCCAGUGAGUCAACUUUUGUGAUAUCUUCACGUGACUGUUCGCCAAUUCGCCGUCGCUCACCAGUUUAUUGCAGUAGCAGUUUGCCCCGGUCUACACAAUCGAUACCUGCAACAGCGUCAAGCAAAACCACACCCAAUCGUUUGUCAUCGUCACAGCUUCAGGCACCACCUGUGCAGAUGUCGUCAACGCCGGUACAACCGAGUGUACCACCUGCAUCCAAUAACCCAACAAAAUCAACAACAAAGUCCGUUUUAGGGAAGUACAUAUUUGAGAAGACCCCGUCACAUAAACGGCUUGAUAACCCACUAGCAGUCGACAACAAAGCGACAUACCGGAGUGUUCAGAGUGGCCCAUCGAGUUUGGAGAGUGGAAAGGCAUCUUCAAUGUUCACCACAUCGGGCCCGUCGAGCAUCGAUAGCGGAAAAGUUUCAUUCAGCAAAACAAGUGGCCAUUCUAGUCUUGACUCGCAAAUAUCAACGAAUACCAUGCAGCAGCAUGGAUCACCAUCACGUUCGAUACUUGUGUUGAACGGGUCACCGCGAGGAACUCCUCGACAUCAGGCAAUGAAAGCUCGUGCGGAGCAAAACCAGCGCAAUCGCUCCUCCACCCCUUCCAGGAUCCUCGAAGAGAUAACAUCACAUCCUAAUACAAGAAUUCCGGGCAAGUCUCAAUCGAUAUCCACCUCGAAUUCCAAUAACUCCAUUACCCUUCAAGUGACAACCUCCAAUGGAAGCCAGAGUAGUAUUCCCAGCACAAAGAUCUUCGUGCAAAACUCUCCAGUACGAAGUGUAAUCACUUUGGAGAAUGGAAAACUAAUGGAGAAUUCCAAUGUGUUUAUCAUCAACAACGAAACAACCACCAAUGAAAAGGGUGAAAUAUUGAGAAAGACCCUUUCGAAGCAGCACCAUGCUGCUGGAGCGGCAUCCUCCGCUGCGCAUCUGAAAAAAGAAAGCUCGAUCAGUGAGACUGACAUCAAUUCAGAGACUUGCGAUUCAAUUUCUUUUAUCAGCGAAACGUCCCCAGAUCCCGGCGAAGAACUGGACGAUGUCAAUUGCAAGUACACUAAAAAUGUUAACAAUGAUGCAACAAUGAACAACAGUCGCAAGCUGUGCCUGCAGCUUCCUCAAAAUGGCUCCUCGAGCAUUGUCUAUAAGAACGUUUUGAAAAAUGAUGCUUCAAAUCCAACCUCUCCCACAGACAACAGCGCCGCAGCUGCAGCCGUAGCCGCAUCAAAGCAGGACUUUGAAAUCGCUGGCUCUGUGGGCAAUUUACGCAGUUGCUUUGAGAAAAACACCAAAGGGUCACAAAACAAGCUCAACUCAAACUGCGACCUAAAGAAUCUGCGCUUCGAGUCCGCUGGAAACUUGAAUCUUCAAAAGGGCGGAAACCUGCUCAAUUCAAACCCGGCUAUCAAUAGUGAUUCCUUGGCGCACAUUCUUCAUAAAAGCAUUAUCGCCGUUGGCAGUGAACCCAAUCUGGCCAUUAAAAAUUGCGAUCAGAGAUUCAAGACGAACUGCGAUAAAUCCGUCGAAAAGGAGUCAUUGCUCGACAGGCGUUUCAGUUUAUCGAAAGAAAGUACCGCCGAGGAAUUGUACAACUUUCCAAGUCUUACCGACCUUAGCUUUAAUUUUACGUCACUAGCAGCGCAAAAAAUUCUACAAGGUGUUAGCCUAAACAGCAUCGAUACGCUUGUAGAGUUAAACAUGGCCGCCAAUAAUAAGGAAAAACAAAAGCAGCAGAAUAACCAACCCACGCCAGUUGCAUGCACAGAUUAUGGGAUGGUUUAGGAAAAAAUUAAAUAAUAAAUACUGAGAAGAGAUAUGAAUUAAUGCUUUUGGAAUAACUCAAGACACAACGCAAGACUUAAUCAGUGGCCAUUUGCGGUGCAUUACGGUUUUCUUUUACUUGUUCGAAGCAAAAAACUAUCUUAGUCAUCAUUAUGCUGAAAACGUUUUACAAAUAUUUCCAUACUAAACAAUGCGGAUGAAUUUAUAAUUAAAAAAAUACUUGAAACAGAUCUUUUCGGAGCCCAGUUAAACUUGAGAUAUAAAAUAAAUGUUGGUUCUAAAAAAAAAUCAACAACUUACCUUUAAACACUGUAAGCCUGUUUAAUAUCAGAAAACAUCUCAAAUUAAGCAUGAAAACGAAAUUAAAUCUAUUUCGUUUAAUUGGGUUUCGAUUGCACUCAUCAUUUAGAAUAUUCAUCAAUUGUUAAAAGUUGAACAAGUAAUUUUAUUAAGAUCAUAAUAUGAUAUCCGUGCAGCUGGCCAAUUUUCUGGUCAAGUCUCCAAAAACUUACAGCGGUACUUUUGACAGAUAACUAAGAUUACGAUUUAUUAAACGUCAAUUGUAGGGAGAUGAUACCUUCCAUCUAUAAUCGUGCAUGUUCCCAUCACUGUCAACUGUCAAAAGUAAAAAAAUCACUAAGGUCAUCCGCAUUUUUAAAGCAUAAACUUAACAAUAUUGAAAUUAUUUCAAAUAUAUUUAAGAAUUGCAAUCGUCCUGCAACAAUUAUGAUAAAAAAGUAUCAAAUGAGCUUCAAAAUAGACUUUAAAACAAUUUUUAUGCCACGAAGAGCAUUUUUGAACUAAAUAUUAUACAAUUUCCUAAAUUAUUAGGCUAAAACAAACCCAAAGCAAAUAAUAUAAUGACAAUACACAAAAUACAUACCUAAAAUACUUGUCUUUAAAAAACAAAUCAAGCAGAAGCAUAUUUUCGUCUUUACUUUUUUUAUUUGUUAAUUAAUUGUGCGUAAAGGUUUGAUUUUAUUCUAAUUCCAAAACAAAAACAAAAAAUCUAAAUUCUUAAUUUUUGUAUUAAUUUAUGUUUUUAAGUGCCAAAUUGACCGUAAAUUUAACUAACAAGCAUAAUAAAUUAUUAUUGAACUGCUUCUCAAACUGUUUGUUGUACUUCUUUUGUACGAAUUAUGUUGUUUUAAUUUUGUAUUUUAUACUUGUAAUAUAUUUAUAUUUUUUUUAAUUUUAAGCCGUAAAACUACAUAUAUUGUUUGUACAUUGAAAUAAAAGUAAAAUUUACAGAAAAAAGUCGGUUUUCAACUAAUAAUGUAGACAACACACACAAAACAAGAACAGUGAAAAUCUGGUAAAUUAUUUUUUGUUUUUUGUUUUUUUUUUUUUUUUUUUAUUUUAAUUUUAAAUUAAAGCUAAAAAUAGUUUCAGUAAAUAAUCAAAACUUAUGGAAUACAUGUACAUGAAUCAAGUUAGGUUAACAUUUGUAAUUAUUUUUUAUCAACAUUAUAAUCUAUUAUAUACGAACUAAACAAGGCCUUAUAGCUUGUGGAAAAAUAAAACGAAAUAAAUAAAAUUAAAAAUAAA